AUGGAAGAUCAAGUGCACAAACCGCAUCGCAAGUCCAAGGACAAGAAGGACAAGAAGCAGCAUACAGGCGAGCGCAACCCAAAGGCGUUUUCCUUCGCCAACCCCGGUAAGCUCCAGAGACAAGCAGCGAGAUCGCAAGAUAUCAAGGAAAAGCGUCUCCAUGUCCCGCUCGUGGAUCGACUGCCCGAUGAGGCCCCGCCUCGACUCGUCACAAUCGUUGGCCCUCCCGGUGUAGGAAAGACGACGUUAAUGAAAUCGCUCAUUCGACGAUAUGCCAAAGAAACGAUAUCGGACCCUCAGGGCCCUGUGACGGUCGUCACAUCGAAGAAGCAGCGCCUGACCUUUGUCGAGUGCCCAAACGAACUGGAGGCCAUGGUCGACAUCGCAAAGGUUGCCGACAUUGUCCUCUUGAUGAUUGAUGGAAAUUACGGCUUUGAGAUGGAAACUAUGGAGUUUCUCAACAUUCUCGCCGCUACAGGUAUGCCUGGAAACGUCUUUGGUAUCUUGACACAUCUGGAUCUUUUCCGGAAGCCACAGGCGCUCAAGGAUGCCAAGAAGCGUCUCAAGAGGAGACUUUGGACAGAGCUGUACCAGGGCGCCCACCUCUUUUACCUUUCCGGUGUUAUGAACGGCCGAUAUCCCGACCGCGAAAUCCACAACUUGUCACGCUUCCUCUCUGUCAUGAAAAACCCACGUCCUCUAGUCUGGCGCAAUUCUCACCCUUACUCUAUCAUCGACAGCUUCCGAGACAUCACGCACCCUACCAAGAUCGAGGAAGACCCCAAUUGCGACCGGUCGAUUGUACUUUCAGGUUACCUGCGAGGUACAAAUUUUGCUUCGCACAACCAACGAGUCCACGUCCCCGGUUUGGGAGAUUUUACAGUGUCUAACAUGGAGGUUAUGCCAGAUCCUUGUCCCACGCCAUCGAUGGAACUGGCAAUGGCGAAGAUCACAGGAAAGACUGGACGAAGGCGACUUGAUGAAAAGGAAAAGAAGCUUCAUGCUCCCAUGUCGGAUCGUAGUGGCUUAAAGAUUGAUGGUGAUGCCAUCUGGAUCACCAGCGACAAGGGCUUCAGCUUCGACCGAGAGGAGGAUGAUGAUGCCGAGCGAGGAGAAGGAGAGGAGAUGAUUGUUGGUCUUCAAGCUGAACGAAAGCUUCUUGGCCAAAUGGAGGGCGGCGUCCAGCUUUUCAAGGGCGGCAACAAGGUCGAGGCAGUGCCAGAGGAGGAAGACACUGGCAGAAAAACACAUCGCAAACCUAGAUUUGCCCAAAGAGAAGAUGGCGAUGAUGACCAAAACGAAGACGACGAGAACUCUGUCAGCGGUGACGAAGACUUGGCCUCGGAUGCUGAGGUUGAGUUCAGUGAAGGUAGAUUAGGCAAGAUGUUCCGCAAGGAUGCCGAUAAGGAACUCGGUGAAGAUGAUCUUGCAUUCGCCGACAGUGACUCAGACCUCGGAGCAUUGUCUGAUGAGGAAGAGGUGGAAGACGACGAAGAAUACGAUUCGGAUGAGGAAGCAGCAGCAUUAAGAUGGAAGGACAACUUAAAUGGCACUGCGAUGAGGCUUCAUGGCAAGAGACGCUCAUAUCACACAAGUGAUUUGGCUAGGUAUAUGUACGACGACUCACUAAGCCCUGAAGAUGCUCUCAAGCGAUGGCGAGGCGAGGAUGAUGAAUCGGAAGAGGAGAAUAUUGAGGACGACGACGAUGAUGAAGAUGACUUCUUCAAGAAGUCGAAACAAGAGCAAGAAGACGCUAUAGAGGAUAGAUCAAUACCCGCGUAUGACUACGAGGAUCUAGCGGCCAAAUGGGCAUCAGAGAAGAACGUCGAAGCUUUACGGAGGAAGUUCACUUCGACAGCCCUCGCUGCUGGCGAUGAUGAUGACGAUGAUGGGGAUUUGAAUGGCAGCGACUUCGAGGGCCUGGGCGACUCAAAUGAUGAGGGCGAUGGUGUCUUCGAGGAUCUCGAAGCUGAAGGCCAACAAGAGCCAGCACAGCCCACUGUCGACGACAUUGAGGCCGAGCGAGAGAAGAACGCAAAGCGAAAGGAGGAACUCAAGAUGCGAUUCGAAGAGGAAGAUCGUGAGGGCUUCCUCAAUGAUAAAGCAAACGCACGACGAGAAGGUGGAGAUGUGCAAGAGUUUGGUGAGGAUCAAUGGUAUGAGGCGCAAAAGGCUAUGAUCCAGAAGCAGCUCGAUAUCAACAAGGAGGAAUUUGAGAACCUCGAUGAGCGCCAACGCUCUGCUGUGGAAGGCUACCGGGCCGGCAAAUAUGCCAAGGUUAUCCUCGAAGGUGUUCCGGCCGAAUUUGUCAAGCUCUUUGAUGCUCGUCGACCUAUCGUCGUCGGUGGUCUCUCCGCUACGGAAGACCGAUUCGGCUAUCUUCAAGUCCGCAUCAAGCGUCACCGCUGGCACAAACGCAUUCUCAAGACAAAUGAUCCCCUUAUCUUCUCUUUGGGAUGGCGUCGCUUCCAGACCAUGCCCAUCUACAGCACCACCGACUCGCGCACGCGUAACCGUAUGCUCAAGUAUACACCUGAGCAUAUGCAUUGCUUCGGUACCAUAUAUGGUCCCUUAAUUGCACCCAACACAGGCUUUGUUUGCUUCAACUCAAUGUCAGCGUCGACACCCGGUUUCCGCAUCGCUGCUACCGGCACAAUCCUCAGCGUCGACGAGUCCACAGAAAUCGUCAAGAAGCUCAAGCUUACUGGUACACCUGCAAAGAUCUACAAGAACACAGCUUUCAUCAAGGACAUGUUCAACACGUCUCUUGAAAUAGCCAAGUUUGAGGGAGCUUCUAUCAAGACCGUCUCUGGCAUUCGUGGUCAGAUCAAGCGUGCUUUGUCCAAGCCUGAGGGACAAUUCCGCGCUACUUUCGAGGACAAGAUUCUUCUUAGUGACAUUGUCUUCUUGCGUGCUUGGUACCCAAUCAAGCCUCAUCGGUUCUACAACCCAGUCACCAACCUCAUCGGCUGGCAGCCCAUGCGACUCACAGGCGAGGUCCGCCGUGAUCAGAACGUGCCCACUCCCCAGCCCAAGAACAGCCAGUACCGCACUAUUGAAAGAGAGACCCGCCACUUUAACCCUCUCCGUGUGCCCCGCGCUCUUGCUGCCGACCUUCCCUUCAAGUCGCAGAUUGUCGAAACCAAGAAGCAAAAGAAAGAGACAUACAUGCAGAAGCGUGCUGUCAUCAUGGCUCCUGGUUCCGAGGAGAAGAAAGCCCGGGCUCUCAUGCAGCAGUUACUCACAAUCCGUAACGACGCUGCUGCCAAGCGUCGUGCCGCAAAGGAGAAAAACCGCGCUGCGUUCCAGAAGAAGUUGGCAGACAGCGAGGAGAAAAAGGAAGCCCGUGAGAAACGGGAAUCCAAGGACUUCUGGAGGAAGAAUGGUCGCAAGCGUGCAGCCGCCGAAGAUGGAGGUGGUGGCAAGCGCAGGAAGUAG